AUGUCAUCUAAAACCAAAAUAUUUAUUUUAUUAAUUUUUACUUUAAUAUUUUUACAAAUCCAAUCACUUUUAACAAUUUUAAAUAAAGAAACGCCAUCUUCAUGCAAUCCAAAUAAAAAUUUAAUUUUUUCAUCCUGCAAAGACGGCCUUCCUUGGCCUAGAGAGGAUUUUACUUCAAUUUCUGUUUUAAUCACUCACGGAAUUCAUUGUAUCGAUAUAUUACAAGAAGACAAUCCAAACUUUGAAGAACACCUUCAAUUUCACAAAGAACAUUGUUUGGAGUUGAUUAAAUUAAUUUAUAAAUUCUUCGAGGAAAACAAAAAUUAUACAGUUCCAAAGGAGUUAUGUAAAUAUUUUCGACAGGCAGCCUUUCCAGGUAGUGUUGGUAAUUUUCCAGUAUUCGGUUUAGGAAAGACAAAAUGA